ACUACUGUGUCGGUUGAAAUUGAACUGAAAGGAGUGGUUAUGGUUACUGAGUUUAUUGUGAAUGGUUGUUUACGUUAGUUUUAGUAAUGUACUUGUUAAAUAAUAAUGGAGUUUGCCUAAGUGCAGUGAUUUAAUUCUGUGUUGUGAACGUUUAAUGGAACUUCCAAUGGGUGACCAGGUGUUUGCUGCUGAAAGAAUAAUGAAGAAACGAAUGAGAAGGGGAAAAGUGGAGUACUUUGUCAAAUGGAAAGGGUGGAGUCAAAAGUACAGUACUUGGGAACCGGAAGAAAAUAUUCUGGACGUGCGCCUCAUUGAUAUAUUUGAACAGAGCCAGCAAAGAAGUAAUCAGAAUCCCCACAAGAGAGGGCCUAAGAAAAAGGAGACAAGGUUACAACAAGCAGCUGUCAGUGAACCGGCCGCUGAGGCGAAUAAUGAGGAAGUGGGAGGAGGUGAGAGUGCGGAUGAGCCUGCCAAGCCAGCCGAGGUUGAGAACGAGAACGAGAAUGAAGAGGAGGAGAGUGACCCAGCACCAGUGGUCAAAGAGCCAGAACCAGCAGUGGCGGAGGCGGUGACAACGGAAGCAGUGGUGGAGGAAGAGGCAAGUGGAGAGGAGGAGAAGCGGAGAGAGCCAGCUGGCACCAAGCGAAAGGCGGAGGUGCUGUCCAAGGAGUCAGGCAAGAUCGGAGUAACAAUCACUACGAGCAGUCCUCCACACAAGGUUGCCAGAUUGAUGUCUCCUGGGCCUACAUCACCCACUCCGGGUCAACCAGCAAAAGUGUCCGGAAAACGAGCUUCUGGUUCCAGCCCAAGGAGCAGUGGAGGUGUGCCACAGGAGGAGACCAGUCCUGCCCCCGCCUCACCCCCAUCCUCGACUCUAGCCCCCGCCUCCCCACCACCACCAGCACCAACACCUACACCUGCUCCUCCUACCGAGCAGCCUAAACUGACCUCCCCCCGACCUCCAUCACCUCCGCCCACGCAGGAGAAGAGAGCCUCACCGAUACUGUGCCCCGUCAAUACACAACCGCCUCAAGUCGGUGGAGGUGCCGGAGCUGCAGCGUCGACACCAGUUGUGGUCCGAGCCGAGGAGCCCCCCAGCGCUCCUCCCCUCGUGAACGGCCACCAGGCCGCGCAGGUGGAGUCAGAACCCCAGGUGUUGGUGAGUCACGUACUGACGAACCCCGGUCCGGAAUACUGGCGACAGCGGAACCCUGUGGCCGACGAGAUAUUCAUCACCGACGUGACCGUGAACCUGAGUACCGUCACUAUCCGAGAGUGCAAGACAGAGAAGGGCUUCUUCCGCGAGCGGAGUGGCAGUCAGAGCUUCGACUGUUAGUGAAGAGUGCUCUUAGUUUUAAGGUGAUCGGAAGAUAAGCCAGAGCUUGUGGCUCCACUUUUAGUUGGCAAUAAAAGAUAUUCUUUUGAACCCAAGUCACAAGAGAAGUUGCUCGAAGUAUAUCUAGGUUGUCGGUGGAAGUCCUGCUUCUUCACUGUCACAAUUCUAGGGAGUUUAAUUCUGCACUGUACUUUAAUAUACAUUUUUAAUUAGCCCUACAGACCAGUUUUAUUUAAGUAUUAUACUGUUUAUUUGUUUGUUGUUUUAUUAUGAUUUUCUCAUAAGAUCUAGUGAUGGUUUGGAGUAUAUCUCGCAACAGAUUAAUUUAUAACACUGUAUAUCCGAUAAUACAGUAAUUACUUUACAAAUGUUAGUUGUGCACUUUUGUUGUGAAAUAGUUUCUCUACUGAUACUGAAACUCAGUAUAACAACAGUAUAUGUGAUUUGGAGAUCUCACAUAGCGUGUGAAUUGUUUAACCAAAAAUUAUGAUUCAGGAAUUGUUUAGUACUUUUUUUUAUUAUGAGACGAUUAGCAGUAAUUCGAACAACAAAUAUAACCUCAGGUGAACUGUUCUAAUUUUUGGACAGUUUCAGUUUAUUUCUCAACAAUUUUUCUUAAAAAGCUAUUUCUAACUUGAUACUGAAAGGAAUAUAAAAUUGUAUUAACCCAUUGACUACCAAUUUAAAUUCAUGUCUUUUUACCCUCCGAAUUAUUUUUAUUUUCCAAUAGAAGUCCUUGUGUGGGUGCUUAGUUACGAUCAAAUAAAAAUAUUAAACCAUCAUAUAACUAGUGAUGUGGGCCAGGAAGAUUUCCAAAAAUUAGGAAUUUAUGAAAAUUUGUGAUUUUGAAAUUUUAACAGUUAAAACUUUAAAACUUAGGUUAACUAAGUGAAUUCAUACAUUUUUAUCCAAAAAUUAUUAUUCCAUGCAAUAAUUUCCUGUAUAGACAAUAUCCUGGGAACUUAGAACGAAAUGGAUUUAGAUUCCUAAACCAUUAUUAAAAACUCAAAACAUUUAAAAUCAAGCAUAUUUUAAGAAGGAAUUUCAUUUUGGAACUCAUGUUCAAACAUCUUAGAUCUAGAAUAUUAAAAAACUACCUGUUUUUAUAAAUUCACUGUAUCUGUAUGUUUCACAGUUUAUAAUUGUUAAGUCAAUAAUUGCCAAUAUUUCCAUUUUUAUUUCAUUAUAAUUUUAUUUUAAAAUAUAAUUCAGAUGUAGAGUUGUAUUUAACCAUAUAAUAACUGCUUUUACCUAUUAUUUUCUGUUUUUUGAGCUAUCUUGCAAAUUAAUCAUAAUUUUACGGGCAUUUAUACAUUUUGGAAAUAUUGCUGGCAAUAUUCCUUGGAAAUAUUUCCUUGAUUUUAAAUUCCUGGAAAUUUUACAUUACUACAUAUAACAUGAUAAAAUUGUAUUUUAUAUUUUAAAUAUUUAGUUGCUUAGCUACAAUUAGACUUAUAACAGAUCUACCAAUAUAAUUUUUUUUUUAAUGUGGUUCAUUAGCUUGCCUAGGCCACUCCCAAGUUUGAAAGUCAGGCCAUUUCUUCAUCGUCAUUUUUACUCAAAAUCUUAUCAUCACUUACUUCAAUUUUACUUCCAUUGCGUAUGUUCUCCUCAAAGUUACUGAAACUCUUCAUUUGACCACUACUUCAUUUUAGACGGCAACUAAUCAAAACAAACAAUUUUCAGAUGAAACAGUAAACAACAAUCGAUUUUGAGGAGUUGACAAGCCUCAAAUCUGAACUUGUUAUAUUUUAACAGACCAUUGAUAUAAUAGUUUAAAUAAAUACCAAAAUAAUCAGUAUCGGGAAUAUUUUUUGAUGCCGUGGGCAAUAUACAUUGGUAGCCAAUGGGUUAAAUUAGUAUCGUGCAGAUUAGAACUUAAAAAUGGUAUUAUUUUUAAGACAAUAAAGAGGCAAGGGAAACCCAGGCAUCUUCAAGGUCAGUAUUAAACUCCAUACUGCCAGCUAAAGUUAGUAACAUGCAGUGGGGUGCAUCCAAGGCUGCCAACAUGUCAGUAGUAGUAUACCACUGUACAUUUCACUGAAUGUCCCCAGAACUGCUUUCAUCACAGCGUGAACAAAGACCAAAGUAUAAUAUAUGGAAGACAAGCUAUUGUGAAUUAAAAUAUAAAUGUUUAUGUAUUGGGCCUUUUAUGUAAUAUCUUGUUGCAAAUAAUUUAUAUUUCUGGUGAUUCUCAGAUAGUUUAAAAUUCAUUGCUACUUAGAAAAGUCUAAAACAACAUGAAAAUGGCUUGCUCAGGUGGUUUUAUCAAAAUCUUUCGCAGCAGCACAAUAAAAGUUUGCAUUUCAUUAAUUUAAUCUACAACAAAUCUACUCCAUGCUAGACAUCUUCACUGAUGCAAUAUGUAUAAUAAUUUUAUAGUUUUACUAUAAAAUAAUUAUGAUUCACAGUGCCAUUUGUGCAAGCCCCAUUUUCACUUAUUUGUCCGCAACUAUUACACUUUUUCACUUUGCAUCACAAAUUUUAGUAGCAAUAGUUUUUAGUAUCACUUACAAAAAAUUCAAAUUGCGUUGUUUCUUUCAGAAAACUACAGUUUGUGUAUGCUUGCUUCCAUUUUGACUGUUCACUUUUGUUAUUACGAGAGUUACAGAUUCCAAUUUGGAAGCAAGUAUUAAUCUACAGAAAACAAGAAAGUUUUUGUAAUAUUUAUAUUUGAAAGUUAUUCCUUACUUAUUUAAACGUAUUAUUUUACAAAAGUAAAUUGAGCAAACUAUCUGUAUUAAUUUAUUUAAAACAAUAUCAAUUAUUUGCAACAAUUUUCACAUCCAAGUUUCAUUAUCACAUGUGUGAAGUGAUUCCAUCAGUUUUCCAGAUCACUGAUAAUGUUAUUUCAUGUGACUGAUAUACUUUAUUCAAGUAUAAUAAAAGGUAUAAUUUUUGAACAGAAAACUACAUGGCCUCUGUUAGGUUUAAUUUUUAGAUGUAUCGUUUUUAGUUUUCUGUUAAGUUCAUUAUUUACAAUAGACAAUGUGAAAGAAUAACAAGAUUGCAGGUAUUUUCCAUUGUUAAUUGAUUCCAAAAGACACAACAAUGCUAUCUGCUCUUUUGUCAACCACGAAACCAACGUAACAGAAAAGUUGUGCACAAUCACAAGUUCCUUAACAAUAAAGGGGUAACUCGUGUGGACCGUGCUGAGGGUCCAACACAACUUUUCUAUUGUUGACUUUGACCUUUGCGUGUAGCAUUCAAUGCAACGUGGAUUUUCAUGCUUAACUCUAUGGUUUGAGGUUUAGUGCUUCAAGAAGAGAGCAAUCCAAAAUCCAAUUCUAGAAACUAUACUUUCAAAUUAAUUUUAUUGUAUUAUUUAUUGCAGCUUACUGAUGAUCAAACUGAAAGAUCUUUAGUAACAGCAAGAAAAACAUAGCGUAGUGAGUGUAUCGUUAAGACAUUGUGAUGAACAAACUUGUAAAUAUAAUUAUAGAUUUUUGUAUUAUACUUUAUGUUAAACUGUUUGGUAUAAUGUUAAUUGUAUUAAUAUACAUAAACAAUUGAAUAUUCGUGUUCAAUUUAUAAGAAUUCUGUCUCACAUGAAUAUGGAGUAAUUAUGGUUUUCAUUCUACAAUUGUAUUUAGUAAGUUUUCUGUUACAUCAAAUUAAUUAAGGUAAAAGUAUUCAGUUUAAAAUAAUCCUUCGGAAGAAGUAGAGAUUCUGUGGCAGUUGAAAUAUUAGUAUGGUUUAUUUUAUAAAUACAGGAUGCCAUCUACAUUUGUAUAAAACCAAUUUUUUGUAGGACCAUAAAUAACUGAGUGUGAAUUUGUGUAAAAUUCAAAACAGUAGACAUCUUGGUAUGGAAUCCUGUACCAAGUAUCAUUUCCAUAAGCCGCAUUUUAUAUUUAUUUAUACAAAUAAACUUUCAACCAAGAGUGAUUUUGGGCUCUGCUGCAUAUGUUUGAUGGUUAUGCAGAAAUUUUCUGCAAAUGUUACAAUGAAAACAAUUGCAAUAGGCUGAUCUGUAUACACAAUCUACCUAAUAAACAUAGUUUUAAUAAAGUUUAAUUUUAACCCUUAAAGUGCUGAAAACGUUACGUGCCGUUGGGUCGACGUUUACCGCAAACAACAUAACAUUCAUAAUUUAUGAUAUUUCUAAAUGUAUUUUAUGUAGUAAAAAACUAGAAAAACUGCAAUAUUAAUUUAUCCACAUGCUGUUGUUAAUUUUUGCAUCUUACAAUUCAUCUGUUAAAGUAAUUGCUUGCCAAAUUUUUAAAGCUUUUCAGGAGUCAAAAUCAGCAAUGUUUUUGUUUUCUUGCAUUUUUAUGUAAAUGUCAAAAUUGUAUAUAAUUUUUCAUUUCUAUUAAAUUUUUCUUUAUUUUGGAUUGUUAUAUUGAGUGUGUUUAGUAAAGUGCUAUGCUGUGCUGAAUGUGGAAAAGUAAACAAAUUUGUUUUCAAAAGAACAGUUAAUAACUAGUCAACAUGGAAUGGAAAGUAAUUGUAAUUAUUAUUUUCUUAUUCUGUAGCUUUGCUGGAAAAAUAUGUAUAUAUUUAAUAUGUUACACUUUGUUAAUUUUGAUAUACUUAUUGUUUACUUUCAACAUAUGCUUGCAAAAUUCCUAAAAAAAUGUUUAUACGUGUAAAAAACUCCAAAUCACCACUUUGAGGGUUAAGAUGAAAAUUUUAAGAUAAUUUCUGUCUAAUUUAUUUCUAAGAUUUGUGUAGAAUUUAUACUGUUACAUUUUAUCAUUUACUAUUUACGUUAGUUCUGUCAGCAUUACGUGUCUUGUAGUUGCUGUUUACAUUUACAGUCCCAACGUUUAAUGUCAAACAUAUUUCAUGAAAUACAACCAACCAUAUACAUUUGUGUUAUGCCAAGAUGGAGAAAUAGAGAAGAUAAGUUUAUAGCGAUGUAUUAUAUUUCUGUAUGUCAUUCAAGCGUAAGUUGCAAACGUAAUAUUCAUAAUUAAAUCGUACAGUUUUAGCGUUCUUUGCAACUAUCACUAGUUUUUUUAUUUGUAUUAGAGGAAUAUUAGGUUACAGAAAUACACAUUUUUUAACAACAAAUUAACUAUCAAAUUUUAUACUAGCACAAUAUUUAUAUUACAUUUACAAGUAAUGACAAACAGUUUUGUUAGAUACAAGAUAGUUUGAAUGGUGCUAGUUAUUUUUAAUGGAAAUCAAAUAAAAUUUAUGAAAUAAUAUUUGUCAAUUAAUGUUCUAGUUAUUGUUUAUUGUAUCUAUAAAUUUAUUGGUAUAACUCUGUGGUAUGAGUUUUUGAAAAUAUUUACAAAAAUGUAUAGCGUCAAAAUAUUCUUUGUUUGAAG